UCUAUGCGUGUCACAAUUUGAUAACGAAUUAACUACACAAGAAGCGGCUUAUUCCCUUAUCAAAUUAAAGUAUAAUCGAUUGGAGUAACUGACCUAUCAAUGCGGCCAAGAAUUUCUAAUCGAAGUACGAACCCACCCUAAAUCGUUAAAUUUACGGCAAGAAUAAACGCAGUGUGAUGUUCUAAUAAGCAUCGAUUUUUCCAUAAAACCCGCUAACUGAUUAUUCUCUAGUAAAACUGACUAGGCAGACGUUUGACACAGUGCCCCAUAGUAUAAAGUUCAAAUUAGGAGUACAUUUUGUUUAUGUUGUAAAAUAUUCAGUGAAUAAGUUAUUAUCUCAGCUGUCAAGAUAGAUCUUUGAGUGCAAAAAUUAUUCGUAAUUUCUUAAACAUCGUAAUUCGCAACGUAGAGCUAAUACGAAGUGUCACCAUGGCAAGUGGAUCCUGGGAGGAAUUCUUUGCUGUACACCUGCCUCCGACUGACUUUGAAGACAAUAGAUCACUCCUGAAGGAGUUUUGCAAGCGGCAUGACCAAUAUGGAAAUAAAAUUGUUCUUGUGACUUCCGGUGGCACAACAGUUCCCCUAGAGCACAAUACAGUUCGUUUCGUUGACAACUUCAGUGCGGGCACGCGCGGCUCGGCCUCGGCAGAAUACUUCCUGGAACACGGAUACGCAGUCAUUUUCAUGCACCGGCAGAAGUCUCUAGAACCUUUCACAAGACACUUCAGUGGUCAAAAGCUAUUGGACAUGCUGGAUUUACAGGAACGAGGACCAAACACUACCAUUACAGUGAAGCCAGACAGCGUGUUCGCGCUGGCGCCCGUGCUGGCGCGGUACCAGGCGGCGCACGCGGCGGGCGCGCUGCUGCACGUGUCGUUCACCACGGUGUCGGAGUACUUCUGGCUGCUGCGCGCGGCGUGCGAGUGUCUGGCGCACACGGGCGCGCGCGCGCUGCUCUACCUCGCCGCCGCCGUGUCCGACUUCUACGUGCCCAAGGACAGAGUCCCAACACACAAGAUGCAAUCAGCGAGCGGACCGCCUGUAAUUCAACUGAAUUUGGUGCCGAAAAUGUUAGCCCCGCUCGUGAACCUCUGGGUCCCCGAAGCUUAUGUAGUUUCUUUCAAAUUAGAAACCGAUGAAAAUCUUCUCAUAACCAAAGCUAGAGCUGCAUUAGAGAAAUAUAAACAUAAGAUGGUGGUAGCGAAUUUAUUACAAACACGUCACCAGAGGGUCAUACUAGUCUCCCCGGACGCGAACCAAGAAAUCGUCCUCACCAGAGAAGAAGUACACGCAGGCGUUGACAUCGAGGCCACGAUCGUGGCGGAGAUCGUGCGCCUGCACGGCGACCACAUAGCGGGCGUGGCUCCCCGCUGAGGCUCGCGCGCCCGUCUGGCGAGGCUCUACCUCACCGACUAGGCGGAUGGACUGUACUCGUGUCUCCAUGUCGACCGGGUGUGCUUUUAGUUACGGCUGUCGUGUCGGUGUCGAAUCUUAGUUGUGUUUUGUCGUGGUAGAGGUUCGUGUGCAAUAUGGAGUGGGGGUUUUGUCAUUUGAUAAAAAACAAACGACAAAUUUUCAUUUUACAAACUACUCUGUUAAAAUUGUUAGUAUAUUCUCAAAUUGGGUACUUGUUAAAUGUUCUUAUAUAAAACGAAAUGUAUGUGGAGACUCUAUCCUCAAUAAUUCAGCACGUUGGAUCCAGGAACUGUUUAUUAAGGGUUCAUGAAUAAUUAACAACGACCAGUUCGUGGAUGUCGUGCUGACCCCCCCUCCCUCAUCUAGUAUCUGAAGUGUUUAUUGUAAAAUGAUCAUUUGUCAUACGUUAUUUAUCAAACAUUCUGACACCGAAACUAAUAUGAUAAAAUAACAUUUUUAGUUAAAUUAACAUCGUCAAUCAUAAAUGUGAAGUCGAGAUAUAUUUUAACAAUUAUUUGUUAAUAUUUUUGUAUAACAUAUUGAAAAUAUAAGUUAAGUUUGAUUUCUCGAUUAUCUGUAUGAUUUGGACAGAUUUGGACAGGUUUCAUAAUAGAUGUUGUCGAGUAUAUAUCGAUACUAAAUUUUAAUAAUAGUUGUAUGACUAUUAAAGUUAUUAUCUUGAUUAAUAAAAAUUAAAAGCCGAAUACUGUCUGCGAUUAUCAUCGUACAUCUAUACACGUAAUUUCAGUGUUAUAUAUAUACAUAUAUACACGAUUGUACUGAUGGUAAUUAAAUUUGGCAUAUAUAGGACUUAGAUAAGGAUAUAGGGGGUUUACGAAAAAAAAAUAUUCCGCGUGGAUAUAGUCACGGAAAAAACCUAGUACAGAUUAUAAAGCAGGAGUUGUCUCACCUGUAUGAGCGAGGCUCAACGGUAUCUGAUAUAAAGACAUCUUCAUAUCAUUAAGUAUUCGAUAUUAUUACACAUUUAAAUGUAAUAAAAGUAUUUUUAUUUUCUUCUAAAACUUAUAAUGAUAUAUAUAUUAGUUUAUCGGUAUUAUGUUAUUCAUAUUCGGUACUUACCUAAUAUAUUUAGGAAAUUAUUCAAUGAACGAUAACGAACGCGUCUACGAUGCCCUUUUGCAUUACGUGCACACGCGCACGUGUGGACGGAGCGGUCUGGGCACGAUUACUUGAUUCUUUAGAAUUGUGCGCACUUUAUGCGUUUGGAGUUUUCUGCACAUUGUCGGUUUUAGGGAGUAAAUAAAAUGGCACCCGUGUUUGUAAAUAUUGAAAAUAAGACGUCCAUAUACUGUGGAGUUAUAUUGGAUAGGUUACAUUAUUCUGAUUGUAUGGUCAAGAGCGAUCGUGUUUUCAUAGUAAAUGCACGUACAGGGAAUAAGAUGUACGGAACGUAUAUAUCUACGGUGUUUCGAAUACGAUACCGAUCGUAUUUCAAUACACGAACAGACAUACGAAAAGCGUUUAUGUUUGUAUAGGUUUAACCUGUGAAAGAAUGAAUUAUUCUAAAUACUACCAUUAUAUGAUGGUAAUAUAUGUUUAUAUGUACUAAAAAAGUAUAUAAAUAAUAUAAUUGUACGCGUAUAACUUUAGUGAAUACUAUAUUUUCAAAUGCCUCUACAGGUUAUCGUCAUAAAAUCUCGAGUUUGGACACGGAUUUAAAGUUACUUGGUUUUUUCCAUAACGUAAUUCUGAAGCAGUCCGGAAUAGUGACGUUGACGAUAUUACACUAUCCGCAUCGAUCAUGAUCACGGGCAAAUGGGUCACAUGACGGUAAGUGAUCACCACCGCGCAUAGACAUUGAUACCGUAAAAAAAUUAAAUCAUUCCUUACAUCGACAAUAUUUUGGCUUUUGUCCCAGUAGUUAUACUGACUGAGCCAGUGGCUCACUCACCCUUCAAACCGGUCACAUCGAUACUAAGUGUUGCUGUUUGAAUAUAUAAUAUAUGAUGAGUGGAUGGUACCUAACCCAUACGGGCUUGCACAAAGACCCACCGCCAAUUAAAACGUUACGCGAGCCAAUAUAUAAGAAUAUACUCCACCAUGUGCUAGCAUCGUCCGUGCAUUGUCUAUGCAUUGACUAGUCAAAUGUCCAUCUUUUAUUAGAACGACGUGACUGUAUAAUAAAGUAUAAUGCCAAACAUUAAAAUGAACGUGUAAAUCAUUAACUAAAACUAACCUAUCCUCACUCGACAGGCAGAUAUCUUAUUUAUUUGUAUAACAAUGUCAAUGUGUGCGUUAAUAUUUGCAAUUUGAAAGAGGUUUUAUGUGAAUUAUUAAAUUAAAAUUAUUGGUGUUACUAUAUAAAUAUAUAUAGAAAUUUAUUAUAUUAACCACAUGUAGUCGUAAUAUUGUCUAAAUGUUAAGUAGUUUUUGUAUCGUAUUAUAAAAUAAUCAUAAUUAAUAAUAAUAACCAAAACAAUAUCUACCAUUUACAUAAGACGUAUAUUAUAAAGUAUUUUUAUAGUUAAUUUAUUUGAUCGUCGGAAGGUAAAUAGUUUUGUAUAUUCAAAGGUCAGACACACUUGUCUAAGCGAAGCGAUUAUGACAGCGAAAUGACAAUACAUAACGCUAUGGACUAUUCAUGGAAGCUCGCUUCAAAUAUGUCUCUAUAUCUCGACCAUAUUAAUAAAUUUCUCAAUUUCAAUGGUCAUGGCAAAAAUUACUUGCAUACAAGUACAAUUAGUUGCGUGCUAUGGACAGGUUUUUACAAUCGUCAAAGACUUUGCGUAUGGAAAAUAUUUAUAUACAAUUCUACAUCUGAGCGUCUGGUUCGCUUCGAUAGAAUAGUAAAGUAAACGCUGACCAUAGACAUAAAUAAUAGAGUCAGUAGUCAGUAACUCAACCAGUGAUUUCAACUUGAGCAUUAAGACAAAGACGAAGAAAAGAAUGUUUAGACCAAUCAGGGCUCUAAAGAGAGACGCACGAUCUUUUAUCUCGCUUAUAUAUGUGAAUAAUUCUUAGUGUCAAAAUUAUUACACGGAUGCAUUUUUAAAUCAAUGUAGGUAUCCAGUGAACAUCGAUAAGGUUUCAGUGCUAGGAUUAAAUUUCUUUUUAUAUUAUUAAAAACGUUAAAACAUAUUUUGAGGGUAGAAUGGCUUUAGUUAUAUCGAUAAUAAAGGAAAAAAAUAAGCAAUCAAAUAUUAUACAUAAUGGUUACUGUUAAAGUACAUAGUGGAUUUGCCUUUUUGUAAUAAAAGUUUUAAUUAUAACAAACAGUCUUUAUUGUGCCACAGAGCAAAGUAAUGCUAAGAAGAAAGAAAAAGGCGCGAAAUUUACCACAGACUACAUAGUUGGCUAUAGAUAACUUGUAGGAGUGUUAAAAGUCCACUAAGUACUUUAACAGUUACUAUGACUUUUAUUUUAAGUUUUGUUAAAAUAAUAAUUUAAAAUAAUGGUGUUAUAUUUUGUCGAUAGGUUUUAUUUUAAUUUUAAUGAGGCUUUAAACAUAUUGUAUAAAAAAGCACUAAUGUAUGACAUAAUCUAUAUAAAACUGACAUAUCAAGACCGUUUAUAAUUCCCUAAAUAAAGUAGCUAAAACUCAGAAAUUAUUAAUAAUGUGAAAAAUAACUAUUUUACACAAUAAAUAAUUAAUAAUAUAUAGUAAUCGGUGGAGAUGAACCGAGUUGAAUCGACAGUCAGUGUAUAUUGGCCACGAGCUUUUUUACGAGUCUCAUAUGUUUCAUUUCCUAUAGAUAUUUUAUCUAAGGCUCAAUACUCUGAAAAUGUCCGGUUUGUUAUAUACUCACGUGUCCAGUUUCAAAAUUUUGCCGUAUAUUGCUUUUUUUUAUAUACCAAUAAAAAAGGAAGUAGUACAUAAAAAACGCAGGUGCUUGCACUUUGAUAGAUAACGCAUCGGUGAAUAUUAUAAAAUGUAUGCAAACUUUUUUUUUUUUUUUAAAUAACACGAAUGAACUGAUGAUAUAAUCCUCGUUUAUUCAUGGAUUAAUUUGUGUUAUUAAAAAUAGAUAUAUAACGUGACUGGCUUAUGUAUAUUAUAUUAAGGCAAUGACAAACGAUUGAGACUAGUAUUUACUAAUAAACGCUCCGUUUCCGAAUGAAAUGCGAAUAUUCUGAAUGAGUACCCACCCUUAUUCACAAACGAAUCGAUUAAAAUAUUAAUUCAAAUUGAGAACAUAAAAAAAAUCAAACAUCUCAUGGUAAACAUGUUUUUUAGAGAGUGUUUUAUUUAAAGAUAUAUUUAUUUAUUAAUUACGACCUUUGUCUGAUUGUAUGUUAGUUGAAUAUUUUAUAUUAAAAAUGUUGGUGUUUAUGAUUAAGUGGUUUUAAUGUAUACUAUAUUUGUCUAUAUAAUCUAUAUAAUUGUAUUGUUGUUGGAUGUAAAGGGUAUUUAUUUAUAUAGAUGUGGAAUCUUGUUAUUAUGUAAUCUCCGUAGAUAUAAUACAGUACCAACCUCUAUGGAAUUAAUAUUAAAUAUUUUCUUAAUUAUCUGUCAAUACAAUUUAAUUUAAAAAAUGUUCGCUGUUCUAUGUAAAUCUUUUUAAUUUCAAUGGAAUGCGAAGGCUUAUAGAGCGACGCACCACAAAAGAACUAAAACAAAUGAGAAAACUUUCUUAUCUAUGUGUGUGUGUACCUUUAAAUAGUGGCCUACUCUUGGCCACUAUUUUUUUUGACGUGUUCUUCACUUUGACAGUCUAUCUUGACACACAUAUAAAUCAUCUAAGAGCGAAUGUUUGCGUAAUCAAUUUAAAAUUAUAAUAUUUAAAAAAUGCAACAAUCCAUAGAGGUUGUAUGUAAAAAAAAAUAUAUAAUCAAAAUGUUUGUGUGUGCCACUUGUUUGAGGUGUGUGAUACGUUAUAAAUGUAUGUAUAGAACUUUAUAGAAAAUAUAAACUUUAGGUGUAACCCUUUCCAAAAACUUUGACUGAUGUUUUGUAAUUCCAUUAAAAAAUUAACUAGUUCCAACCUACUUUAAAGAUGACAUUCAGAUGUUUAAUUUCUGAUAAUUAGAAAUACUUCAAUUUUACAUGAGUUCUGACCAUAGAUGUGUAUUUAGUAGAAAAAAAAACAAUACCUUAAAUGAAUCUUAACAAACUCUUCAUAUGUCUAUGGUUCGAA